AGGCGAACCGCUGAUUGCACUCAUCGCGAAUAUUGCUCACUUCACAGUCGUGACCAGAAGAACGAGCUGAGCUAACGUAAUCAUUCGGCUGGUCAAGUUUGUAACGGCAACGUUAAAAUAUCAGUGCAGUCAAAGGCUGUCGACAAAGGAAAGCCAGAAUAUCAUUCUAUAUUGAUACCCUUGUCUCAACUGUAAAAGUAAAAUUGUCAUUUUUUGCAAAGCUAGCUAGGUAACCAACACGUUAGGUAGUUCGCCUUACACUACAGCUAAUUGAUAUAUGCUAGUUAGCAUCACGUAGUUAGCCUGUGCUCUCCUUCGACAACCGCUCCCUGCUACGCACUGGCAGAAUGGCCUUAAAACGAAUUCACAAGGAGCUGAACGACCUGGCCAGGGACCCUCCUGCACAGUGUUCCGCCGGCCCUGUUGGAGAUGACAUGUUUCAUUGGCAAGCUACAAUUAUGGGGCCUAAUGACAGUCCAUACCAAGGUGGUGUUUUUUUCCUGACCAUUCAUUUCCCCACAGACUACCCCUUCAAACCACCUAAGCUAGCAUUCACCACAAGAAUUUAUCACCCAAAUAUUAACAGUAACGGCAGCAUCUGCCUGGAUAUUUUGAGAUCACAGUGGUCUCCAGCAUUAACUAUCUCUAAAGUACUUUUGUCCAUUUGUUCUCUCUUAUGUGACCCCAACCCUGACGACCCGUUAGUGCCAGAAAUCGCCCGUAUCUACAAAACAGAUACUGAAAAGUAUAAUAGACUAGCGAGAGAAUGGACAGACAAGUACGCUAUGCUUUAGGGUACAACAGAAUAGCCCGGGAAUGGACUCAGAAGUAUGCCAUGUGAUAAUCUGUCAUGGUCGUAACAACUUGCAUUAUAGAUGGAAUAAACUUUCAAUUACUGUAAUUAUUUUGCCCAUUCGGCCGCAAUACUUUACCAUCAGCCAAUAACAGUAAUUAUAUUUUUCGCCCCCACACCCCAUAAAUUUAUUUACAUGCUCUUAACAAGGAAAAAUGUCUCCAUGUGGCCCCCUUCUUUCCAAAAGAUGCUAAUUGAUCAGAACUCUCAUUGGAGCAUGUAUCUGUAUAAAGCCAACCACAGCCACUUUGUGAAGAGCUCUUGAUUUCUCUAAGUUUGCGCAGAAAGUGCCAACUAAAAGGAAUAAGGAUUCUCCAAAUGCCACAAUUUCUGUAUUGAGAGGAUCAACAUGGUGCAAUCACAUUUUUGUAAGAUUUGCCAAUAUCGUUAGAGAACUGAGGUCUGUGAAUAUUAUACACUUACUCUUAACUGUUUGAAUGGAGAAUUGCUGAAGUUAGCUAUAUCUGCAGUAAAUAAGGACAAACAUUUUAUGCAUGUUGAUAAGAUAAAUAAUUGGUUUAUGUGCUGCUGAGAAUGAAAAGAGUUGAGAGCAAACGUGUCCACUUUUUAAAGUUUCACCUUUUUUGUUAAUCCUUUUCCUUUUGUUGUUUUUAGAACGGGAGCCAUUAGUUAAUCCAUCAUCCACAACACUGUUCUCGCUUUUGCACUGAAUACGUUAUUCAAAGCUCUAUGGCUGAUCGAUCAACUAAUAGCUCUGCUAUUUAAUGGUUACUUUAAUUUUUUUUCUCAAUAAAGUUGAACAAAUAAC